GGGUAUUUGUCUCGUUCGUUCAUUAAAACGACGAUCUCGGGUUGCUGGAGAUCUGAACUGAAACCGCUGCUUCCGAUCUGAGGCCAUGGCGGGAUCUGGGAGUUCCAUGCUGUAUUCCUUUCUUCUUUUCAUAGUCAUUCUCUCACUUCAAGAAAUGUACCGUGGGAAACUAGCAUCAUCAGAACUAUUCACUAUACUGGGAGGAUUCAUCAGCUCCCUCCUAUUUCUUGUGCUCCUAACUUUCAUUGGAAAUUUUCAGGAAACAAUUGGUGCAAGAACUGGUUGGGGUGCUGUCAUAGUCGCAGAAGCAGUUGCUCUGAUUGCUGCAAGCACUGUUCACCGAGUUUGCAUCACUACAUGUUUCCUGUUCUCGGCUGGAUUGCUGUACGAGGUUAACAAGAUUUCUGGGUCUUCUGUCUCAACAAGCGACAUCAGGACUAAAAAGCAAAGUGGAAGAGCUUAAGCAUAUGUAUGCUUCCUAUAAAGGCAUCUUUAGAAAAUUUUCCCCAGUAGUAUUAGUUUUAUAACCCUAGUAUGAUCAUAAAUUACAAGAGUGUUUUAAGUUUGUUUGACAUUUCUUUGUACAAUUUCAAUGAUAUACAAUUUGAACGAUCUGCGUCUAACGAUAAACCGAUCAGUCAUUUUUUUCA